GUAAGUAGCCUGUUCUUCAAGUUGAAAUCGUCCGUGAAACUCUAGCGAUGGGUCCGUGGUGCCCACGAUGAUAAAACAGCAAAAAUCUACAGGAAGAAGGGAGGGCGGCUGUCUGGCGAUCAGUGGUCACUCGGUGUUCUCGCUGGCCGACGGCCACAUGCCCCUCCACUCGCUACUUACUGCACACUUGCGGGAAACUCGAGAAGCAGCGAGCUAGGGACCUGGCAUCCGACAGCUGAUCUAACGGGGCUAAAAAUAAGCACCGCGCCGCCCUGUACUCUCCACUCCACUCGGGACCGCUGAAACAUACCAGAAAAAUAAGUGGGAAUAACGGACAGAGCUUUGGAGCUGGUACAAAGCCAUGUCCCUGUCUUUCUGUGGAAAUGACAAUGCUUCAGCCUAUAGCGUCUAUGAAGGAGUCCUGAAAAAUGGAUGCUUUGUUGAUGCCCUCAACUUGGUCCCACAUGUUUUCUUACUGUUUAUUACUUUCCCUAUUUUAUUUAUUGGUUGGGGAAGUCAGAGUUCUAAGGUUCAGAUUCAUCACAACACCUGGUUACACUUCCCAGGACACAACCUAAGAUGGAUCCUAACAUUUGCACUCUUAUUUGUUCAUGUGUGCGAAAUAGCAGAAGGAAUAGUUUCAAAUGAGUGCAUGCAGACUCCCCAUCUUCAUCUUUUUAUGCCUGCUUUAAUGGGCUUCAUUGCUGCCAUUACAUCAAUCGUUUACUACCACAAUAUAGAGACGUCAAACUUCCCAAAACUACUUUUAGCACUUUUUAUUUACUGGAUACUUGCAUUCAUCACAAAAACCAUUAAACUUGUGAAAUAUAGUGAGGUCAGCGUGGGAAUAGAACAUCUUCGUUUUUGCAUUACCGCAAUGCUUGUCAUUCUGUAUGCUUUACUGAUGGCAGUGGAAAUCAACGUGAUCAGGGUCAGGAAGUAUGUGUUUUUCACAAGCCCACAGAAGGUGAAGCCCCCAGAAGACCUGCAAGACCUUGGUGUGCGGUUUCUGCAGCCAUUUGUGAACUUACUCUCCAAAGCUACCUACUGGUGGAUGAACCAUGUGAUUGUUGGUGCCCACAAGAGACCAAUAGACUUGAAAAAGAUUGGCAAACUUCCCAUUGCAAUGAGAGCCUUGACAAAUUACAUAAGGCUGAAGGAAACCUAUGAGGAGCAAAGGAAGAAGUUAGCAGAUGAACCUGAUAAAGCCCCCUCCAUCUGGAAGUCAAUGUAUCGGGCCUUCGGACGGCCAAUCCUCCUAAGCAGCACAUUUCGUUAUUUGGCUGAUCUUCUGGGUUUUGCUGGACCAUUGUGUAUCUCAGGCAUUGUAAUGCGACUCGGUGAUCAGAGCAACUCCUGCAAAACAAGCCCACCUGAUGCUAAAAUAUUAGGUGUUUAUUUCCUCUCCACUGAUGAACUCCUAGAGAAAACUUUUGUUCUGGCUGUGUUAUUGUUCUUAGCUCUAGUUCUUCAGAGGACAUUCCUACAAGCCUCUUACUAUGUAACCAUUGAGACUGGCAUCAACCUACGGGGGGCACUGCUGGCUAUGAUUUAUAAUAAGAUUCUCCGACUGUCCACAUCUAAUAUGUCAAUGGGAGAAAUGACCUUGGGCCAAAUCAAUAAUUUGGUGGCCAUUGAAACCAACCAGCUUAUGUGGUUCCUGUUCUUGUGCCCAAAUCUGUGGGCCAUGCCUGUACAGAUCAUCAUGGGAGUCAUCCUGUUGUAUUACCUGCUAGACUACAGUGCUCUGAUUGGUGCAUCAGUUAUAGUGCUGUUAGCCCCAGUACAGUACUUCAUAGCAACAAAGCUUGCUGACGUGCAAAAGAGUUCUCUGGACUAUUCUACAGACCGCCUUAAAAAAACCAACGAAAUACUUAAGGGAAUCAAGUUGCUCAAGCUGUAUGCCUGGGAGAACAUUUUCUGUGCCAGUGUGGAGGAGACACGCCAGAAAGAGCUGACCAGCCUGAAGACCUUUGCACUCUGCACUUCUCUUUCAAUUUUCAUGAAUGCUGCCAUACCGAUUGCUGCUGUUCUAGUGACAUUUGUUACACACCCAUAUAUCAGCAACACUGUUCUUACCCCAGCAGUGGCUUUUGCGUCCCUUGCCCUAUUUCAUAUUUUGGUUACACCUUUGUUUCUACUGUCAACAGUGGUGCGGUUUGCUGUCAAAGCAUUAUUUAGUGUUGAGAAACUGGGAGAGUUUCUGAUGAGUGAUGAAAUUGGUGAUGACAGCUGGAGGAAUGGGGAGAUGUCUGUGCCACUAGAGUCAUGUCGAAAGCAUCCCACCUCUCACACCAAAGCAAUAAACAGGAAACAGCCACUCAGGUACCAGUUGGACAACUACGAGCAGUCUAGCCGAAGACCUGUGCGUCCUGUGGAAACUGAAGAUGUUUCAGUCAAGGUAACCAACGGAUAUUUUUCAUGGGGGAGUAACCAGGCUACAUUAUCAGAUAUCAACAUCAGAAUCCCUACAGGGCAGUUGAUUAUGAUUGUGGGUCAGGUUGGCUGUGGGAAAUCUUCCUUGCUUCUAGCAAUGCUUGGGGAGAUGCAGACGGUUUCUGGGAAGGUCUACUGGAGCAAGCUGCCAGAAUCUGAGAUGAUCCACGAAAGGAAUUUAAGCAUUUAUGACAGUGAGCCUACUUUCGAAGCUGGCUGGAGUAAAAACAGAAAUUCAGUGGCAUAUGCUACGCAGAAGUCCUGGCUGUUGAAUGCGACUGUGGAAGAUAACAUUACUUUUGGAAGCCCUUUUAACAAGCAAAGGUACAAAGCUGUGAUCGAUGCCUGCUCACUUCAACCUGAUAUUGAUUUGUUGCCAUUUGGUGAUCAAACGGAAAUUGGAGAGCGGGGCAUCAACCUCAGUGGUGGUCAGAGACAGAGGAUCUGUGUGGCACGAGCCUUGUAUCAGAAUACCAAUAUUGUGUUUUUGGAUGACCCCUUCUCAGCACUGGACAUCCACCUGAGUGAUCACCUCAUGCAGGAGGGUAUACUGAAAUUUCUGCAGGAUGAUAAGAGGACUGUAGUUCUAGUAACCCAUAAACUUCAGUACCUGGUUCAUGCAGACUGGAUCAUUGCCAUGAAAGAUGGCACUGUUUUGCGUGAGGGGACUCUUAAAGACAUUCAAACCAAUGAUGUAGAGCUUUAUGAGCACUGGAAAACGCUGAUGAACCGGCAGGACCAAGAGCUAGAGAAGGAUACCGAUGGAGACAGUCAAACUACAAUGGAGAGGAAGAAUCUAAGAAGGGCAUUGUACUCGAGGGAAACUAAGUCACAAAUAGAUGAUGAAGAUGAAGAGGAGGAGGAGGAAGAGGAUGAUGAAGAUACCAUGUCCAUGAUGACAAACCGCAGGACCAAGAUCCCUUGGGGUGUGUGUUGGCGGUAUCUGAGCUCUGGAGGAUUUGUUCUGCUUUUCAUGAUGGUCUUCUCCAAGUUGCUAAAGCACUCAGUUAUUGUUGCCAUUGAUUACUGGUUGGCAACCUGGACCUCCAGCAAUAUGAGUAGCAUUCCAGAAAAUGUAACAAGUAAUGCAACAGUUCCUGUCUUUGAUAACUCCUAUUUUAUCACUGGCUUCAGCAUCCUUUGCAGUUCUGGAAUUGCACUGUGCCUCAUCACCUCACUUAGUGUAGAAUGGAUGGGACAUGCGGCAGCCAAAAAUCUUCAUCAUAACCUCUUGAACAAGAUCAUUCUGGCCCCAAUCAGAUUUUUUGAUGUUACACCCUUGGGUCAAAUUCUUAACCGGUUCUCAGCUGAUACAAACAUCAUUGAUCAACACAUUCCUCCUACUCUGGAGUCUCUUACCCGUUCCACGCUGCUCUGCCUCUUUGCUAUUGGCAUCAUAGCAUUUGUCACACCAAUGUUUCUGGCUGCAAUGGUGCCUCUUGGGAUCACCUUUUACUUCAUACAGAAGUAUUUCAGGGUUGCCUCCAAAGACCUCCAGGACCUUGAUGACUCAACCCAGUUGCCAUUGUUGUGCCACUUUUCUGAAACUGCAGAAGGACUCACCACCAUUCGUGCUUUCAGGCAUGAGGCAAGGUUCAAACAGAGAAUGCUGGAGCUGACAGAUACCAACAACACAGCUUAUUUGUUUCUGUCUGCUGCCAACCGGUGGCUGGAGGUGCGAACGGAUUAUCUGGGAGCUGUCAUUGUUCUCACAGCAGCUGUAGCAUCGAUCUGGACACUUGAUAAAUUUCAGGCGGGACUGGUAGGGCUUGGGCUCACAUAUGCACUCACGGUAACAAACUACUUGAACUGGGUUGUGAGAAAUUUGGCAGACCUUGAGGUGCAAAUGGCAGCAGUGAAGAAAGUUAAUGGAUUCCUGAGCACAGAGUCAGAAAACUAUGAAGGCUCAAUAGAUCUUGUUCAGGUCCCUGAAGAUUGGCCUCAGCAUGGUGAAAUCAAGAUCCAGGACCUUUGUGUUCGGUAUGACCCACUGCUGAAACCUGUACUCAAACAUGUCAAUGCCAACAUUAGUCCAGGCCAGAAGGUGGGGAUCUGUGGACGUACUGGUAGUGGAAAGUCCUCGCUCUCUCUGGCAUUCUUCAGAAUGGUGGACAUCUUUGAUGGCAAGAUUAUCAUCGAUGGAAUAGACAUUUCAAAACUACCUCUGCACACUUUGCGCUCCAGACUUUCUAUUAUCCUCCAAGACCCUAUUUUGUUCAGUGGAUCAAUUCGGUUUAACUUGGAUCCUGAACGCAAGUGCAAGGAUGACCGCCUCUGGGAAGCCCUGGAGAUCGCCCAGUUAAAGAAUAUGGUCAAAGCUCUCCCAGGAGGUCUUGAUGCUGUUGUGACAGAAGGAGGAGAAAACUUCAGUGUGGGACAGCGACAGCUUUUCUGUUUAGCGAGGGCCUUUGUGAGGAACAGUAGUAUUCUCAUCAUGGAUGAAGCAACAGCUUCAAUUGAUAUGGCCACUGAAAAUAUUUUGCAGAAGGUAGUAAUGACAGCCUUUGCAGACAGAACUGUAGUAACAAUUGCACACCGUGUUCAUACGAUUUUGACGGCAGACCUUGUGAUUGUCAUGAAGCGAGGAAUCAUUGUGGAGUACGACAAGCCUGAGACACUACUGGCACAAGAGGACAGCGUCUUUGCAUCUUUUGUCAGGGCAGAUAUGUAACUGUUCUGCGACUACACACUGUUACAAUGCAUGCAGCACGUUUUCUGUUAUAGCAAGAAAAGCAUGGCUGUUUUAUAUAUUUGUAUAUUUUUCAAUUAAGCACUCAUAUUCAUGUUUUAUAUCUUAGUAACAAUCUAACUCUACUAUAUGCCCACUUUCUGUGGUAUAUGAGCAAUAAAGACUUCAGCAGGGACCUUUUCAGUGGUAAUGAUAAGUGUUCAUGCACUUGACACCGUUGGUGUGAUUGGUGAAUCUGUGUAGCUUUUAUAAUCAGAUCUGAAAGUCACUGCAGAGAGCACCUCAACAUUCUGACUUAGUUGUACUCUUUAGGAUCUUCAUUGUUUUCUUUUUACCUGCAUUCAUAUGACACAAACCUAACUAGUCUGAGAGAAUCCAUUUAAUCAUUUUGCACAUUAACUUUACAGGCUGGAUUUUGUUCUCAAUAUGAGUUUCUUGCUUGUGUAAGCAUUUCUGUUUAUCCUGUGUAACAUUAUGCAGUUUUUAUUUACCUUGUGAUGAUGGAUAUCAUUUUGGACAGUUAAUGUCCUGAUAUGAGCUAAAGGUCCAUUAAUAAUUUUGUCCUAUAUUGCCCCUUGUAUCCAUCACGUGCUCAUAUUACUCCUUGUACUGCCUUAUUAACACAGAUUAUCAACUUUGUGUGACUUAAAUGGAGAAUAUAAAACUAAGGACAGUAGCACUGGCAACUCCUUGGUUCAUGUAACUUAUUAGACACGUUCAGUCAUUGUAGAUUGACCAGCAAUGUUUUAUUUUUCUUCCAUUGAUUGUGUAUGUCCUGUAAAACCUGUUGUGUUGGCUUUGGUGCCAGCUGGUGGCUUUCAGGACUUUUGAGGUUUUGCUGAGUCCAGUAAUCUUAUGUAAAAUUGUAUUUCUGCAUUCAACACUGGUGGUUUCGGAUCAGCUGCAAAUACCCUGUUUAGGCUAUUUAGCCUUUUACAGUUAUGAGGUACAACAUAACAUUUGAAAGACAUCAAUGGUAAGACAACUUUCUCAGCAGUACAGUACAGUACCAGUUUUAUUCUUCCCACACACCUAGCUGCUGCCUCCUGAUCCAUCUCCUCCACUGGAAUGCAGGCUGUGUCUCAUUGAGACAUACAGUAAGUGACAAGAGCUGGUUUAAGGCAGUGUGGAGGAACUCAAAGGGCUGAACAAAAUUGCAUUUAAUAAUAACAAUGGUGCAUACAGCAAACACAAAUGAUGCUGUAUUUAUACAUGGGAGGAGGAUGUACUUCCAGGUAUAGUACAAUGGUAGCAGCUUAUCGGUACAGGCAGUUUGUUUGCUAGAUGUCUUUUCUGCACUGUAUUAACUUAAAGGCGAGAUGCAUACGUACUUCAGAAAUGUUUUUUGUUAAAAGAUAUCCAAAGCUUAUCAAUCAGAGCUUAGUUAGAAUAAAAAAACAGCAGAUACCAAUGCCCCUCCAUGAGCAAAGAUAAGUCCUUAAAAGGCAGAUGAAUGCAAAAAGAAAGUCAGUAAGGAGAGAUACUGUGCAAAACUUCACCAUCAUUUAGCACUCGGGUGUUGUACUGUGUUAGCCAUUAUGAAUGUAGUGAGAAGUCAAGCAAAAUGGCAUCUUUUAGUGGCUAACUCAAAAGAUUACAAUAUGCAAGCUUUCAAGGCAACUCAGGCCCCUUCUUCAGGCAAGAUGUAAUAAUCUUUUCCUAUUAUUUAGCAAAACAUUUGAUUUCCCCAAGAAUGUGUUUUCCAGAUUUCCUUCAUAAUGUGUUUCACUAAAGUGAACACAAAGUGAAGAGUAGAAAUACAAAAAAGUGAUUGAAGCUCAAAAGAUAAUUCAGGUAUAAAAUUAAACUGGUCUGGUAGUUUGUUUUUUUUAAGGGGGAACCAUGCGUCAGUCAUGCAGGCUCCAUGUUAAAGGGUGACUGUUCAGAUUUAGACUACAGAACUUGGCAAUAAAACUUGCUCCUACACAUCAUUACAAAGACACAGACGACAUAUGCAAUGUUAUCAAGCAGUCCUCUUGUACAGUCUUUUGAACCCAAAGGCAAUUGCAGUGCCAUUUUAAAACAACAAGCAUUCAUGCCACAAGCAUAUUAAGACCACAGUGUGUUUCAUAUGUUGUAAUUCUUUGUUUUAAAUAAUACAUUUAUCAUUACAUUUGAAGUAAAGGAAAGAGCCAAACAUUUUAUUUUCUUUUAAAGUCUCAUUACUUUCUAGAUACUGUUUUGUCUUAAAUGUACAUAUGUAAUUACUGUAUUUGUCAUUUGGGUUCGAAAGGGGAGCAAAUCAUUUAACUUGAAUAAACGGUGUGCCUACCAUUUUUUUUACACUAUUAAUUGAAAAUAAAAAUUUGUGUUUUCUGUUU